AGAUGUUUACAAGGAACCGGAAACUAUUGAGUUUUGCUUAAAUGAUUUUCUUUUCUUCUAAAUGACAUUAUAUUUGAAUUUUGUUCGUGUACAUCGUAAACAAAGGAAAGAUAAUUGGAUUCAUUUGAUAAAACAUGCAUCGAUUCACAUCCAUUCUAGAAGCCAAAUCUUCUUCCUGGGUUGCUGCAGGAAACAUUCUUCGCGUCACCUUGUUUCUCUCACCCUUUCCAACAAUAAAAUCCAUUAUAAAUGAGAAAGACACAGGCUCCUUUUCAGCUUUUAAUUACAUAUGCACAAUAUUGAACUGUGUGCUCUGGACGUUCUAUGGUGUGCAUUUAGACCAAAAUAAUAAGUUCCUCAUCAGUUACGUCAAUGGUGUUGGUGCACUUCUGCAUACUGGCUACCUUACAAUUCAUUACCUCCAUGCCCCUCAGAAAGAAAAGGCUCGGAUUGUUCUGCUGAAAGUUGCAUCAUUGAUGAUAAUGGGUACAAUGAUUGCAAGUGCAAUUUUCCUUGUUCCUAAAAGUGAUAGAGUUACAGUAGUUGGAUGGGCUUGUGGAGUUCUCAACAUAGUCAUGCAUGCGGCACCUUUAUCUGUUCUGAAGCAAGUAUUAGCUACGAAUGAUGUGAGGAGCAUGCCAUUUCUUGUUUCUUUCUUCAGUCUCCUCAAUGCUGCAGUAUGGCUGGCUUUCAGUUUCCUUCAUAAGGAUGCUAAGGUUACUAUGAUCCCCAAUGCGGUGGCCACUAUAUUUGCAGUAAUUGAAGUGUUGGUGUAUUUAAUGUACUGUGAAAACACUACAACCUCUGUGGGUGAAUAUAACAGUGAGCCCAUGGGCAGAAUGGAGCACAUGACAGCUUAAACAUUGCAGAGUCUUGUAAAAUGGGUAUCCUUGCUUAAGAUCUCUGUUAAGUAGAGAGAAAGGAAAGAGGAAAUGAGCUAUGAGAAAUGCUAAACGGAUUUCAAAGAUCUUUGUUGUAUGUUAUAUAAUUGUAUGUAAUUCAUUGAAACUCAUUGACACAAGUUACAGAAAAGGGUCUAAGUCAAAACCAAAUACAAGUGCGUUCAAACUAACAUUAAUUUUAGACAAGUUAGAGUUUAUAGUAUCUUUAUUGACGUUAAAAUUAAAUGACGUGAUCGAUUGAGUCACAAUUUGCGACUGAGGUAUAU